GAAUUUCGGUUGCGAUGAGUAUGUUCAGUGAACGGGAACGAGCUUUGCAUUUACCACUAGUCCACUGUAACGUCAGAACCUCCAUAGUAAACAAUUCACCCUGUCAAGAAGGCGUGCCAAACCAUCAUGCCCGACACGCCCUCGGCCCUCCUCUCCAACGUACUGUAGUACGUACUGUACUACCGUAGUUAUAUACUAGUACUAAUCGUUUGUCAAAUGGAUUAGUACGGCUCCCAGCCUGCCAGAAUCUGCAGCUUGUCUUCCAUUUUUCCACAUGAAAACACAACACACCUCUGCUAUACGUGGCCGGGAACAAGACAAAGCCGAGAAGCUUUCGCGCUUCUCUUCUCUCUUCUCCCCUGUCUGCUGCUGUGCUGUGCUCAGUUUGGUGGGUUCUGCUCACCAGUCUCGCUCGCAGUAUACAAAGCUUGGCUCCAUCCUCCUGCACUCGGAGACCACGGACUGGCAAUACCACACUCUCGCCCACAGCUAGCAACCAUGAGGACCAUCAUGGCGAGGAGCCCCCACGAGUCCUCCUUCUCCUUCUCCCGGAGGAACUUCAAGUGGCCGGUUCUUGUCAAGAGCAGCAGCCAUGGCGGCACGGCCGGCGGCGAGGAGGGCGGCUCCGGCAGCAAGGGCUCAGAGGCCGACGACGAGGACGAGUCGGCCAUGGCGUUCUCCUCCAGCUGCGCGUCCUUCCACUCGGAGGACUUCGUGUCCCCGCCGCCCAAGGCGGCGCCACCUCCAGCUCCACCGAAGCAGCGCGGCAAGAAGUGCCGCACGGCGGUCUCCCGGCUGCGCACGGCGCUCGCCGCGGCCAUCGCCGGCCGGCACCGGCAGGUCGGGCUCGGCGCGCGGCUCACGGGCACGCUCUACGGCCACCGCCGCGGCCACGUCCACCUCGCGUUCCAGGUGGACCCGCGCGCGUGCCCCGCGCUGCUGCUCGAGCUCGCCGCGCCCACGGCGUCGCUGGUGCGCGAGAUGGCCUCGGGCCUCGUCCGCAUCGCGCUCGAGUGCGACCGCGCCAAGGGCGCCGCCUGCGCCGCGGCCGCGACCAAUGGCGGCGGCGGCGGCGGCAGGAAGCUGGUCGAGGAGAAGGCGUGGCGCGCGUACUGCAACGGCAAGGGCUGCGGGUACGCGGUGCGGCGCGAGUGCGGCGCCGCGGACUGGCGCGUGCUGCGCGCGCUGGAGCCCGUGUCUAUGGGCGCGGGCGUCAUACCGGCGGCGUGCGGCGGCGGCGGCGAGGGCGACGUCAUGUACAUGCGCGCUCGCUUCGAGCGCGUCGUGGGCUCCCGCGACUCGGAGGCAUUCUACAUGAUGAACCCGGACAGCAGCACCGGCGGCAAUGGCGGCCCGGAGCUUAGCGUCUACCUCCUUAGAGUUUGAUCGCGCAUUUACCUUAAGCUGCUGUGACAGCCACCGCGAUCUUGCAUGCUUUAAGCUGCUGUCUCUCCUUCUAGUACGUGUGUUUUCCUCGUGCUUAUUGUUAUUGGUACUGUGGUUGUGAAAAAUGCGUGUCAGUUUAGACUUUAGACCACUGCACAAUGAAACUUGUUGGAAAACAUUUUCUUGUUUGGGCGUUUCUGGGAGGUGUGGCUGGAUUUCCCAUAUAUUGUGAAUUCGUCAUGUUGGUCAA